AAAAAAGUAACUCAAAUAAGGAGCAUAAAGUGAAUAAAAAUAGAAAAAAGGAUGGAAGUAAUAAACCGAAUGAGGUAGUUAGUACAAGCAGUAACAAACCUUCACAAACAAGCAAAAAAGAAGAAGAAAACUUACUAUUGUCUAGUAACCAACUGGCCAGAAGGAUCAAAUGUACAAGUAAAAUACCCAACAAUGAGUGCUACCAAAAUGGUAAAAACUCGGAUAAGGAUGGCCAAAAGGUGCUCGAAUGGAGUUGGAAAGCUAGAGAAGGUCAAGGCCAUGAUGAUAAAAAAGUAACCCUAAUGAUUAAUCUGAUUAAGAGAAACUAUUUUAUGAAUGGAGUGAAAGGUAUUCCUAUUGCUUAG